AUGCCCACCCGCUGCCUGCUGCUCCUGGGGCUGCUCCUGCAGCUGCCAGCCGCCUUCUGCCAGCAAGCCCGGGGCAGCCUCCAGCCGUGGUCACAGGGCGUCAUCGCAGUGGUUGUGUUCCUAGUCCUGGUGGCCAUCGCUUUCGUGGUCAACAGGUUCUGGUGUAAGGACAAAGUGGAAAGUGCUGAGAACGUGGUGAGUGUGGAGGACAAGCCAGAUGCUGUCACGUCCAAUGGCCAUGAAGGGAGAUAUGUAUCAGCUGCAGCUGACUUCAGGUCCAAAGAGAACCAGCAUGCCUACGAGAACACUGUGGAGCCUGAGGAGAGGGUGAUCACCACGGCCAUGUAG